AUGUCGACGCCGCCUCCAGCGCCCUCCGCCCCGGCAGACGCCGCCGUCCCCGAAGGCGCGUCUCUUGCUCCGGAUGCGGGGCAGAGGCCGCUGGGUCCGACGCCCAGCCAGAGCCGCUUCCAGGUGGACCUCGUGGCGGAGGCUGCGGGCGCCUCCGAGGAGCGCUCCCCCAGCUCCGAGGGCUCCGCCGCCGCGCCCGCUGCCGGCUCGGAGGCCGCGGCAGAGGAGGCUAAAGGCCGAUUCCGAGUGGUGAACUUCGCGGAUCCGGGGAGCGCGGCCUCCCCGGAGGCUGCUCCCGCCGAGGGGCUCCAGAACGGGGACACCGUGAUGAGCGAGAGCAGCCUGCACUCCUCCACCGGGGGCCCGCACCACUACCACUACGACACCCACACCAACACCUACUACCUGCGGACCUUCGGCCACAACACCAUCGACGCCGUCCCCAACAUCGACUUCUACCGGCAGUCGGCGGCGCCGCUCGGGGAGAAGCUGGUCAGACCGACGCUGUCGGAGCUGCACGACGAGCUGGACAAGGAGCCGUUUGAGGAUGGUUUUGCCAACGGCGACGAGCUGACGCCGGCUGAGGAGGCUGCGGCUAAAGAAGCAGCUGAACCUAAAGGAGUGGUCAAGUUCGGCUGGAUUAAAGGGGUUCUGGUGCGCUGCAUGUUAAACAUUUGGGGGGUAAUGCUCUUCAUUCGCAUGACCUGGAUUGUAGGUCAAGCUGGGAUUGCUUUCGCCUGUCUGAUCAUCCUCAUGGCUACCGUGGUCACCACCAUCACCGGUCUCUCCACUUCAGCCAUCGCCACCAAUGGAUUUGUUCGAGGAGGUGGAGCGUAUUAUUUGAUUUCCCGGAGUUUAGGGCCAGAGUUUGGAGGUUCGAUCGGUCUGAUCUUUGCCUUCGCUAAUGCCGUGGCUGUUGCCAUGUAUGUGGUGGGCUUUGCUGAAACGGUUGUAGAACUUCUCAAAGGUGCUGAUGCCCUCAUGACCAAUGAGGUCAAUGACAUUCGGAUCAUUGGGACCCUCACAGUCAUUCUUCUCCUGGGCAUUUCUUUGGCAGGAAUGGAAUGGGAAGCCAAGGCCCAGAUUUUCCUGCUCGUUGUUCUGAUCACAGCGAUUGUCAACUACUUCAUUGGAUCCUUCAUUCCUGUCGAAUCAAAGCAAGCUAAGGGAUUCUUUGGCUAUGACGCUUCCAUCAUGUGGGAGAACAUGGGUCCGGACUUUCGCGACGAGACAUUUUUCUCUGUGUUUGCCAUAUUCUUCCCUGCUGCCACUGGCAUUCUAGCCGGCGCCAACAUUUCAGGAGAUCUUGCUGACCCACAGAUGGCCAUUCCUAAAGGAACCCUUCUGGCUAUAUUAAUCACAGGAAUAGUCUACCUGGGGGUUGCCGUGUCAACAGGUUCCUGUAUUUUGCGGGACGCCACAGGAAACAUUACCCAUCGCGUCAGUUCUUCCAUCAUGGAAAACUGCACCGACAUUUCGUGCAAGUUUGGCUUUGACUUCUCCAGCUGCAAGGCAGGAAAGGACUCGUGCAGCUAUGGGCUCCACAAUGACUUCCAGGUGAUGAGUGUGGUUUCUGGUUUUGGACCCAUCAUCUCUGCUGGAAUCUUCUCGGCUACACUGUCCUCGGCUCUGGCCUCCUUAGUCAGUGCUCCCAAAGUUUUCCAGGCCCUGUGUAAGGACAAUAUCUACCCGGGUAUUGGAAUUUUCGCCAAAGGCUACGGAAAGAACAACGAGCCGCUGCGAGGCUACAUCCUGACCUUUGGGAUCGCUCUGGCCUUCAUCCUUAUUGCUAAACUCAACGUUAUUGCUCCAAUCAUCUCUAACUUUUUCCUGGCGUCCUAUGCUCUGAUCAACUUCUCCGUGUUCCACGCUUCUCUGGCGAAUUCACCAGGGUGGCGUCCCAGCUUCACAUACUACAACAUGUGGGUCUCUCUUGCUGGAGCCAUGCUGUGCUGUGUGGUGAUGUUCGUCAUCAACUGGUGGGCUGCCCUCCUCACCAAUGUCAUAGUCCUGGGUCUCUAUAUCUACGUCAGCUACAAAAAGCUGAAUGUGAACUGGGGCUCAUCAACUCAAGCUCUCACCUACCACCAGGCCCUGACCCACACGCUUCACCUGAGUGGAGUGGAGGAUCACAUCAAGAACUUCAGACCCCAGUGUCUGGUGAUGACCGGCUAUCCCAACUCCAGGCCUGCCCUCCUGGAUCUGGUGCACACUUUUACCAAGAACGUGGGCCUGAUGGUCUGUGGUCAUGUACGAACGGGCUACAGAAGACCAAACUUCAAAGACCUGGCUACAGACCAGUCCCGGUACCAACGCUGGCUGAUGAAGAACCAGACCAAGGCUUUCUACACCCCUGUAUAUGCUGAGGAUCUUAAGCAGGGCUGCCAGUACCUGCUCCAGGCUGCUGGUCUGGGUCGCCUCCGGCCAAACACUCUGGUUCUGGGCUUCAAGAACGACUGGACAGAUGGAGACAUGAUGAAUGUAGAAACGUACAUCAGCAUGAUCCACGAUGCCUUUGACUUCCAGUUCGGUGCCGUCAUCCUGCGGCUGAAGGAAGGACUGGACGUCUCCCACAUCCAGGGGCAAGAUGACCUGCUGUCGUCCCAGGAGAAGUCUGCCGGAGCCAAGGAUGUGGUGGUGUCCAUGGAAACCAGCAAAGACUCGGACUCCUCCAAGCCGUCCUCCAAGGCCACCAGCCUCCAGAACAGUCCAGCCAUUCAGAAAGAUGAAGACGACGACCGCAAAGCUACAACUCAGCCCCUGUUGAGAAAAGACAAGCGGAGUCCAACGGUUCCUCUCAACGUGUCCGAGCAGAGGCUGCUGGAGGCCAGCCAGCAGUUCCAGAGGAAGCAGGGAAAGGGCACGGUGGACGUCUGGUGGCUGUUUGAUGAUGGAGGUCUGACUCUGCUGAUCCCGUACCUUUUAACCAACAAGAAGAGGUGGAAAGAGUGCAAGAUUCGCGUUUUUAUUGGCGGAAAGAUCAACAGGAUUGACCAUGACCGCCGAGCGAUGGCCACUCUGCUGAGCAAGUUCAGGAUAGACUUCUCGGACAUCAACGUGCUGGGGGACAUAAACACCAAGCCCAAGAAAGAACAUGUGGCUGCCUUUGAGGAGAUGAUUGAGCCGUACCGGCUGAAGGAGGACAACAUGGACCUGGAGGCGGCGGAGAGGCUGAAGAACAGCGAGCCGUGGAGGAUCACCGACAACGAGUUGGAGCUGUACCGCGCCAAGACCAACCGCCAGAUCCGACUCAACGAGCUGCUGAAGGAGCAUUCCAGCACGGCCAACCUCAUCGUCAUAAGCCUGCCUUUGGCCAGGAAGGGGGCGGUGUCCAGCGCCCUCUACAUGGCCUGGCUGGAGGUGCUGUCCAAAGACCUGCCGCCUGUCCUCCUCGUGCGCGGCAACCACCAGAGCGUCCUGACCUUCUACUCCUAGAUCCUGAUGGACCCCGUGUUCUUCUGUGCCCUGGAUUCAGACCCCCGUACCCCAUGAUUCCAGCCUCAUCCCAACACAAACACUGCUGUUCAUGUGCGUCCACAGACGGGAACGUCAGGGUGGAGCUGUCCCCGCCGUUAUUUAUUCUGAGAAGUUCCCUCUUUCCUCCCACUUCUGCUUUUGGGUUUGUGUGUUUGAACGGACGUGUCUUACAGUCGGGGGUGCACACGCGUGUCACAUGCGUGUGCUGCCGUAGAACGGUUGUCCUGUUUGUUCCAGCAAUAAUCACCGUUGUUUUCUGCACCUGCUGGGAGGGAAACUUGUUGAAGGCUUUGCAGCCCCCUCUGAAGCCUUAUGGAAGUGCCUUCCAGUCUGACCCAUGACCUUUUGUUUCUACCAUGACUCGACUUUUUCUACUGCUGGGGGAGAGUUGUGCGUUUUUAUUGGUUUGUUUUGGUUCCUUUUUAUUUGGUUGGGUUUGCUAGCAGAGUGUGGUGAUUAGAAAAGUGUCCAGUUGAGUGCAAAAGCUCUUGCUGUUCUUUGGCCUUUGACCCUGAGGGGGCGUGGCUUUGCUUUGGGUUCUCCGGGGUGGUCUUCCGGUCGCUGUGUGGUCUUAGAGAUCCUACAAGUUUGUCAGGUGGAGAUGUUUUUCCACAGGAGCUGCUAGUUUUUCUUUGCAUGAGUUCUUCCUCUGUCCUCCCGCCUCGUCCUUCCCUCCACCCACUUCCACCCCGCCUUAAGGACAGAGCGGCGUUUGCUCGCCGCUCUUCUGAAGCCAUACCGGCUGGGCAGUUUGGUGAGAACAUCCGUCAUGGAGUUUCAGCACUAAAUAUGCAUUCGAACGCGUCCUGGGAGUUUUCAGUUUCCGAGCGAAGCGCGGGCCUCCAGGUGCUCCACAGCGUGCUCUUCAGUACACACUACAUACAUGACGGACCGUCAUCUCACCACGUCUGAACUGUCGGCCAAGCAAGGAUGGACGUCUAUGCACACCAGCUCACUCACUGAUGUCCCGGUCCUUUGGGUUCAACCUUUCAUCGGCGGCAGGACUCCACAGAAAGCCUUAAAGAAAGAACUUCACCUCCAGAACUGAGUCCAAAAAGGUUCUGUUCUAGUCUCACUGGACACAAAGAUGGAAAUGAGUCCAGUUGUUACCCAGCUUCCAGUACAACGCUGAUGCUUCAUGGGAAAUCCCUGUAAAUGAAUGUAACUGAUAGAUGCAUGUGUGGAUCUGGUCCUCCAGCUGCUGCCUACACUCACUAAACACGCCGCUUUCAUCAGGCCGCAGAGGCUCAGGUUCUGCUGUCUUGAGGUCCGGUUGUGUGAACUUCAGUCAGACGUGAAUACAGCCGUCUCAUGGAUCCUAACCCGUUUUCUGGCGUCCUCCGCUUGGAGCAGACGUUAAAAUGUUGACUCUGUGAAAACUGCUUCUGCUGAGAAAACCAUCAGAGGAACCUGACAUGAACCAGAGGACUGUGAUUGGUCGACGGCCAUCGUUCAGUUCUCCUUUGAUCAGAUAAACGUUUCAGACUCUAAAAGUCCAGAUUCGGGGGGGGGCUUUGGGCUGGCAGGACAGGAACUGGGACCCCAGAGCGUCGGUACAUCGGCAUGUUUUCUCCAAAAAUCUAGUCGUUCUCUCUCCAAGUCGGCCUUGAGCUGGCUUUCCCCCUUUGCAGGUCACAUGCAAACUUCACCGUGGAGACGGCGUUUGAAGAUCUCACAGACCUCACCUCCAAGCAGGCACCGCCCCUGAAGUUGGCCUGAUGAAAGCUCGUGGGCGUGGCUCAGAAUGUCCCAUUCGUGGUUAAACUGAGGCAGAGGAAACGUCCUUAGGCUAGACGCCGUUUCCUCUGACAGUAGAGCACAAGAUGACUUUUCUUUUCUCGUCUGUUCGCCAACACUGCCACGCCUCACUGCGACUAAAGCCCCGCCUCCAGAUCUCUGCUUGGCCCAGAGCGCCGCUUUCAGGCGCCUCUGGUUACGCUCGUAAAGGACUGUGUACAUAUAAAGGCACACAUAUAUGCAUCAGUUUGACCUGGAGCUUUGCACCCGUUAAAGAAAGCUGAACUCUUCGUCAUUUUUGGAGGUUUUCUGUGUCGCCCAUCCCAGCGCGGCUGCAGACCGCUGCGUCAUGUGACCUCUGGAGAUCUCUUCUUCUUUUUGCCAAAGUUCAAUUUCCUCUUGAUUUCAGGAUGAGGAUGUUUAGAGAAACUACACGAGCUGCUUCUGGAGUGUCUUUUCUUUGCCAUAAAUAGCAAUGAAGCUGUAAAUAAACUCCAUGUAAGGGAGACCAAUCAUUGAAAUACAAAGAAACUAUAUUUUAGCUCUUUUUCUCCUCUGAUUUUGGUUCAUUUGCAUGUUCUCUUUUGUUCAAGCAGAUCUUUUUUUCUUCUAUUCAAAGCUUUCGAUGCGUUUGGGGGGGGGGAGUCCUGAAGCUGGCUGCUUCUGCUGGACUUGUGGUUGGGAUCCAUCCGGCUGGCUGCAGCAUCGUCUUUUUAUAUGCUGUUUUAACGGACACCAAUGCUUUUCUAACACCUAUUACUAGUACUUUGUAAUCUUUAUCAAAAUGAAUAAAUCCAAUGAAAUCAGAAA